AAAAGAUGCCUCUUUACCCGAAAUCACCGCUGCUAUCACUCCUGCUCAGCCCCCAGAUACACCCACAGCUGUUCCCCUUUUGGCAUCUUGCACGAUUCUGUGACUUCCUACCCCGUACAUCAUGACCCACUCUACGCUCGGCUCACUCUACCUCUUUCUGGCCCCCAUCCUCUCUGUCCUGGCGCAGGAUCUCCCCGCCGACCUUACAGGAUGCACCGAGGUCGACUGCCCCAACGACGGCUGGGACUCUUGCACGGUUGCAGACGAGACCUACGCUGGCAUAGGGCUGUCAGGAAUUGACAGCGUGCCCGACUCGCUCGAUGGCAUUUCCCUGGUGAAGGGGGUGCACGUGGAGGACGACGAGGAUAGAGGCGACACCGACAACGGCGCCGACAAGACGCGUCCAUUCCGAUCUGUAUACUACCUUGGUACGCCUGCCAAUGUAAACGUGGACGACCUCUCUGGCUGCGCUGUUGUCUUCAAUGAUCCUCCCACCGGCCACUUCAAUAAACCCCUUAUCAACGACAGCGUCAAUGUCAACACGCGUGCUGCCUACGGGACCUGCCCGGACGUUAUCCAACCGGACUGCAUCGACAAACUCACUGAGCAGGCUCGCAAGACCAAGUACAAUGGCUCCAGCCCGUGCUCGACGCUCCAGUCGGCUCUGCAAGACAACCCUCCAGACGAGUGCAGCGACCUGACUGGCGGCGGCGACGGACUGGGCAAAUUCGAUGUCAUCUCGCUGGGCAACUUGUCGACCAUCUCCAAGUCAGACAACGCCUCGUCUGACUGCUGGCCUGUCCUGCCAAAGUCAAAUAACCUGGCCCAGCUUACUGACGAUACCGCAAUGGGAAACUACACAAAUGAAGGACUGCUCGCCGAGAUGUACAAAAUUACACCAGUGCUCACGGUCUUCACGUCAGGCAACAACAGCAACAGCCUCGUAAACGAAACCUCAGCGUCCCUCACCUGCCUUAAAGUCGUGACGACUCCAAACAUCGACAACGGGACUGAUGCUGACACUGAUACCGACACGGGCGCUGCUGCGUUAUCACCAGCAAAUAUGGUUGCCGUUACCCUUGGGGCUCUUGCUACUGCUGCGUUUGCAUUGCUUUGA